AUGGAGGCAGCGGAGGAGGAGGAGGCGGAGGUGCGGGCGAUAGCGAAGCUGCUGGAGGUCUACUGCAAGGGAUCGAACGGGAAGUAUGACGCCUACACGGACAAGAAACUUGUGGAUACCUGCCAGAGGGAGCUGGGAGAGGAGAUGGUGGAGACGAGGACUGGUGGGCCCAAGGGCAGGUUGCUCCGGGCCUUUGCGGAUAAACUCAAUAAGUUCGACAAGUUUUCAGGAAAGACGAGGACCGAGGCGCUAUGCAAUCUGGCCGAAAUAUUGAACAAGAAGGUCGGUCCUCAGCGCCAGCCGACUCCCGAAAGGCAGAAGCUUGCUCUCAUAAUUGGGAUCUCCAACUAUGACAAGGAAGCUCUCCCCAACUGCACCAGUGAUGCUCGUUGUAUCUCCGAAGCCUUCAAGAGCAGGGGCUUCGAGACCUACCUGGAGUUCGACACUCAGGAUCAAGAGUCGUUCUGGAAAGUUUACGAGGACUUCGCCUCUAAGAUCAGACCGCCAUGUACCGUUCUGUUCUACGUGGCCGCUCAUGGCGCACAAUUCCAUACAGACGUUCUUGUCUUCCCCAUCAUUCCCUUCCGGACGAAGGAUGCCGAGAAGGCCAUCUCGAUGCAGGCCAUGAUCAACAAGAUCUCAACACGGCUCGACCCGGACAGCGAUGUAGUCAUGCUGCUUGACACUUGCAGAGUGAACUUCAGCCAACGAGGCCAUCAGGACCUCGAGCAGCUAGCGACACUUCCUCAGACCUGGAUCUUGUAUGCGACCAAGGAGAGCUACCCGGUGUGUGACGGCCCUGACGGAGGCAACUCACCGUUCACGAGGGCAGUGCUGAGGACUCUGAAGGAGUUGGGGCCCGACGUGGAGUUCUAUAAAUUUGCUACUUCAGUGAACAAGUACGUGAGAGACUGUGGCAUGCAACGGUCUGAGUUGAAGGCGGAUAUGACAAAAGAAUUAUUUAUAUAA